CCCCCCCCCCCUCUCCUCCAGAUACCCGUCGCUGCCAUGACAGGCAGAGGUCUCCUCUCGACCGCGGCUCGGCCGGCUGGAGAAGAUUGAUUUAGGGACGAUCGGGGUCGCGACUGCGGAUGUCAUUGUGUCGGUUCGGAGCCCCGUGAAUAGCAUCCGUGCAAACGCACCGCGAUUCUCACUCAGGGAAAAGAGGAGAGAGUAAAACAACAUGUCCUCUCGGUCUGCAUUACCGUCUGGGAACGACAGGAGUACUGGAGACCACCAUGUUUCGCUGGGGGCCAGCCGCUCCGACAAGGCCACCAGCCAGUCCAGCCGCUCUCUGGGGGCCCGCUGCAGGAACUCCAUUGCUUCCUGCUCCGACGAGCAGCCACACAUCGGCAACUACCGCCUGCUGAAGACCAUCGGCAAGGGAAACUUUGCUAAGGUCAAGCUGGCCCGCCACAUUCUGACUGGCAAGGAGGUUGCAAUAAAAAUCAUUGACAAAACUCAGUUGAAUCCAACCAGCCUACAAAAGCUCUUUCGGGAAGUCCGAAUAAUGAAAGGCUUAAAUCACCCUAACAUAGUGCAGCUGUUCGAGGUGAUCGAGACUGAUAAGACCCUUUACCUAAUCAUGGAGUACGCCAGUGGAGGUGAGGUGUUUGACUACCUCGUGUCUAAUGGGAGAAUGAAGGAGGUUGAAGCCAGAGCCAAAUUUCGACAGAUUGUCUCCGCCGUCCACUACUGCCACACAAAGAAGAUUGUCCACAGAGAUUUGAAGGCGGAGAACCUUCUGCUGGACGCAGACGCCAACAUCAAAAUCGCCGACUUCGGCUUCAGCAACGAGUUCACGCUGGGCAACAAGCUGGACACGUUUUGCGGCUCGCCGCCCUACGCCGCCCCCGAGCUUUUCCAGGGCAAGAAGUAUGACGGGCCCGAGGUGGACGUCUGGAGUCUCGGCGUCAUCCUCUACACGUUGGUUAGCGGCUCGCUGCCCUUUGAUGGGCAGAACCUGAAGGAGCUGAGGGAGCGUGUGCUGAGGGGAAAGUACCGCGUGCCCUUUUACAUGUCCACCGACUGUGAGGGAAUCCUUCGCCGAUUCCUGGUCCUCAACCCCACCAAACGCUGCACCCUAGACCAAGUCAUGAAGGACAAGUGGAUCAAUUCUGGGUAUGAAGAGGAUGACCUGAAGCCCCACAUAGAACCUGUUGAAGACUUCAGCGAUCCGGCUCGCAUCGAGGUGAUGGUGGGGAUGGGCUUCACAUCCGGAGAAAUCAAGGAUUCUCUGCUCAAUCAGAAAUACAAUGAAGUCACCGCUACCUACUUACUACUUGGCCGCAAAGGCGAUGAGGCCAGUGAGGCUCGCACAGCCAGUAGCCUGUCCCUGGCCAGGGUUCGACCCAGCCCCAUCACCAAUGGAACCAACAAGCACUCCUCAGCCACUGGCUCCUCUUCGUCCUCCACCUCCUCCUCACAUAGCAAGACCCAGCGCAGUGCCUCCACCUACCACAGGCAGCGGCGGCACAGCGACUUCUGCGGGCCCUCCAUGCCCGUCAUGCACCCCAAGCGGAGCCCCACUAGCACGGGCGAGCGCGAGCUGCGGGAGGGACGAAUGCCAUCACGUAAAGCCAGUUGCAGUGUAAUGGGGAGCCACAGCCUCCCUCCUUCCAGCCCAAUGGUCAGCAGUGCCAACAACCCCAACAAGUCUGAAAUCCCAGACCGUCGAAAAGACAUGAUCGCCACCACGAAUAACAUACCUGGAAGCGCCAUGACACGCAGGAAUACAUAUGUCUGCACUGACCGCUCAGGUGCUGACAGACACUCUCUUCUGCAGAACGGCAAAGACAACAGCUCCCUGGGCCACCGCAUUCCCCAAGCGUCUCCCUCCACGCUUAGCAUUUCUGGCACAGGAGCUGCCGCCGCAUCCUCGUCCUCAGACCGAUGCCGCUUGACCCGAGGCUCCACCAUCCGCAGCACCUUUCACGGGGGACAGCUGAGGGAUCGUGGGCCCCCGGUCUACUCGGCCCCACCCACCUCACCCACUUUGUCCCACCAUGACACCAGCCCCCUGCCCCACGCCCGUACCAGGGCAACCUCCAACCUCUUCACCAAGCUGACCUCCAAACUCACUCGCAGGGUCAACCUUGACCCAUCCAAGCGCCAGGGCUCAAACAAAUCUGUCUCGGGUUGUACUCUUCCACAAGGAUCAAAAACAGUUAGGUCCCAAAUGAAUCUGAGGGAAUCAGGAGAUUUGCGGUCUCAAGGUCAGUGCUCUUGUUCCAGCUGCAGGACAGCACUUUAUUGCCAUGUACCUUGGUAUCAAAAAGCGUCCGAGCCCCGGACCGUCGGACGUGGCUGGGAUCUGAGCGGUGGUGUGAGGCGGGACCCUGCGGAGGUGGUUCUGGCCUUGCGGGAGGCGGCGCUCGGAUGUGGCUGCCUGGUCCACCAUGCCGGCCCAUUUCUGCUUUCCUGCACCCACGGCGUUGCAGGGGGCCGCGUGGCUUUCGAGGCUGAGGUGUGUCACCUUUCCACGGGCACCUCGGGGACUUCUAACGGGGUGCGCUACACGCGACUCUGGGGGACGCCACUAGCUUUUCGUGACAUUGCCACCCAAAUCUCCAAGGACCUUGAACUUUGAACGGAGGGACGUGUUGUUCGAGCGCUGGCUGGUGUGUGAGCGACUGUUGGAUGCCUGCGUGCAAAGGGAGGUGGGGGUGAAAAGAGUUGAAAAAGACAAUGGCAGUGAAGGGGCAAGGGGCUGGACCCAAAAGAAAAGACUACUCCUUCUGCCUCUUUCAACAUUACCCACCCCUCCCUCCACACACCCCCACCGCUCCCCUGCAAGAACACACACUCACAGUCACACACAUACGCACACACCUGGCCAGUAAAGUCACACAGAUGGAGGCACCCCCUUCACCCAACCCUACUCAGCCAAAUGUUUGACUAAGCAACUGGACCCACUGGACCUGGAUCAGAAGGAAUCUAUUUGAAUAUUUUUUAUUGCUACUCUAGCCAUAAUGACUCUUUACUUUGUUAUUUAUUGCUGUGAUCUUACAUUUGACCCACAGUCACUUCCACCACUACGGAAAAACAUUCAUUCAUUAAUCAGCCAGUCCCUACCCCCCCCCCCCCCCCCCACCAGUAUUAUCUGCAGACAUAACAUUGUCAAAUGUUGAUUAUGGCCCAACUCAAUGAUCAGACCGGCAGCCAGAGGGUUGUGUGGCUCUGAUCCGUGUACAUACGGCAGUGACAUCUGCACCGGAUUAAGGUCAACGGUGGUCGACAGGCCUUUGAAACAGCCAAUCAGAGUCUGAAUAGGGACAUUUUCCGCGUUGUCCUCCGUUACAGUUGUUGCCUCUCAGUCACAGAGGCACAGGGCAUUGCAAAAGAUUUGUGAGUUUUUUAGCUCAAAUUUGAUGCGUACAAGAUUUUUGGGGCGGUAACACAAUGCCCAUUCAAGAGUCUUUCCACAGAAUUAAAUUAACAAAGGAUUUGGUGAAAUAUUAUCAAGUUUAACUUUCCCACCCUCGCUGUAAUGAAACACUAUUUUUAUGGCUGUGUCUAUAAGGUAAUGGAUAGAGAGGCCUGCAAUGAUCACAUGCACACAAGCUGCACUCUGGUUGGCUGGAUUCAUCGUUUGGUCAGCGCUGCUCACUGUCAGUACAACGUCAUCAAAGCACGAGCUUGGUUUGCCCUGCAAAUCUUGACCCUUGAAAUCUUGCAGUCGUUCCGCCACAAAAAAAUACAAUUUCUCUGGUUUCUUUUCCAGUGCGAUGCAAUUCUUUGGGUUGUCUUUGGUGCCAUGUGCUGUCAUCUUAGUUCCUUGAUAAGAAGCAACACAAGCGGAUCAGGCAGAGCAACAAAACCUCUCAGUUACACACUCACCGCUUAAGGCACAGAGAGAAACACCAUUCUAUAAAUGUCCACUCUCUCCCAUUUUUUGGCACAGUCUAUGUACUGGCCUGUCCAUUGUUGAUGACUGUCUGGGCUAGAAGGAUCAGGUGGGAGUGUUUUGAAUCCGGCACGACAAAGGCAGUGUGCGCAGUGUUUUCUUCUUGUUAGUCCAGUUGCCUUUAAAGUGAAACAACCCCCGGCGCCUUCAUACAGCACAUAUUUAAUGUAAAAAAAAGAAACAAAAGAAAAAAAUGAGAGCUUUCUAUUCUCCCUCCCUGUUUUUAGUGAAUAACGUACUGUGAUAUUUACGUAGGCUACAGAGAUCAUGUUGUUUGGCUGAUGAUUUACUGUUAAUACUAUCUCUCAGUUGUGGUUUGCUCAUGGUGACCCCAAAAUGCUCCACCCCCAUUUCCUUUCCCACCCAUCAUAAACUCCGCCCAAUUCCCUACGAUUAACAGGGACACCAACCUUGACCCUUGGAUCCACCACCUUUGCACGUACAGCGGCCUCUUUUCAAACGUUCCAGCGAGCGCUUGCUUUCCUCAGCUCUUCGUUGGAGACUCGCUCGCUGGGCGACACUCAACCAUCAUCCACACUUGCAUUGUAGACCCUUUGUAUGACAUCUUCUCAGUCCCGUCUGUGCUGUUUCCGGAGGCCGU